GCAUCGCGCGCCCGCCGGGAUACGCCGCUGGACCCCCUCCGCCCCCUGGUCCGCCCCUGUUCGUGUCUCUUCGCAAUCGUGCGGCGCGUCGAGGGGUCGUCGCCGUGGAGGAGGAUACGAUGUUCUGAAUUUCGAGGCAGCGAGAAGAGCCACGCGCGCCGUCAUCAUGGUCACGAAGCACUUCGCAUUACAGGGCUCAAGCCCUGAGUGCGGCGUGCCGGACAUGACAGUCAUCAGCGAUAUCGAUGAGAUCGGUAUCAAUCGGAAUCUUCAAGUUCGGUACAGUAGGGACCAGAUAUAUACAUACACGGGAUCCAUACUGGUGGCUGUGAAUCCUUACAAGGAGGUGGACUUUUACACGAAUGAGUACGUGAAUCGAUACCACGGCCAGAAGAUGGGCGCCUUGGAGCCGCACGUGUUCGCCCUGGCGGAAGCGGCGUACAAGUCCCUGCAGGACACGGUGAGCAACCAGUCCUGCGUUAUAUCGGGCGAGAGCGGCGCCGGCAAGACCGAGACCACCAAGUUCAUCCUGCAGUACCUGUGCUCGGUUACCAGCAACGUCGACACGUGGGUGGAACAGCAGAUCCUGGAGGCCAACACCAUCCUCGAGGCGUUUGGUAACGCGAAAACCGUGCGGAACGACAACAGCUCGCGCUUCGGCAAGUUCAUGCAGGUGUGCUUCGACAACAAGUGGAUGAUCAAGGGAUGCAUCAUCCAGGACUACCUGCUGGAGCAGAGUCGCAUCACCUUUCAGAGCCCCGGGGAGCGCAAUUAUCACGUGUUCUACCAGCUAGUCGAGGCCGGCACGAAGGACAAGGAAUUCGCGGAGCAAUAUAAGCUGAGGCCGGCCAGCCACUACAAAUAUCUCAAUCAGUCCGGCUGCGUGAAGCUCGAUGGAAUUUCCGACUCGAAAAGGUUCUCGCUCGACUCCCUCAGGCUCGCCUUCAAUGUGCUUCAGAUCCCGGCGGAAAUGUGCGAAGGCAUCUUCCGGGUUCUGUCGGCGAUCCUGUGGCUCGGCAAUUUGAGCUUCGAGGACGUCGACGGCGAGAAGUGCGAGUUGUCGAAGGAGGACGGGAACAUAGUCGACACGGUUGCGCCGCUGUUGGGCCUCCAGGUGGAGGAUCUCACCAAGGUGGUGCUGAUACGACAGAUAAACGUCCGCGGUAACAUCACGGAGAUUCCGCUGAAGGUGCAGGAGGCUCGGGAGAACAGGCACGCGAUGGCGAAGGCGCUCUACUCCCGCACCUUCGUCUGGCUCAUCAACCACAUCAACAACUGCACGAACCCGGGCCAGGAUAUCUCGCGGUUCCUCGGGGUACUCGACAUCUUCGGCUUCGAGAACUUUACGCUGAACAGCUUCGAGCAACUUUGCAUCAACUAUACAAACGAGAAGCUGCACAAGUUCUUCAAUCACUACGUCUUCGCGCUGGAGCAGGAACUGUAUCACCAAGAAGAGAUCCAGUACUCCCAUAUCACGUUCACGGACAACACCAUGUGCCUGGAGUUGAUCGAGAAACCCCCGCGAUGUGUUCUUAAGUUACUCACCGAGCAGUGCCAUAUGCCCAAGGGCUCGGAUCUGGCUUAUCUGACGAACCUGCACGCUGAGUUUGAGAGCCACCCGUGCUACGUGAAGGGAGACGAUCGGCGGAAAUGGGAGAAGGAAUUCGGGGUCAAGCACUACGCCGGCUGCGUGACGUACACCGUCGAGGGUUUCGUCGACAAGAAUCGGGACGUGCAGCAGGACGUGUUCUUCGACUUCAUGUCCAGAAGCACGAAUGAGUUCGUGCAGGAGAUCAGCGUCUAUCAGGAUCUAUUGGGAUGUACUGUCGGGCGUGCGACCGGCGGCACAACCACCACGAUGUCGCGAGGAACGUCCAAGGGCAAGCCGACCCUCUGCGACUCGUUCCGGCACCAGUUGCAGGCCCUGGUAGACGUCCUGCAGGGAACGACGCCGUGGUACGUGCGCUGCAUCAAACCGAACAUGGAGAAGAUGGCGAACAACUACGACGAGAAGCUCGUUAUGGAUCAGCUCAAGUAUCUCGGUAUGCUCGAUAUCAUACGCAUACGCAAGGAGGGCUUCCCGAUACACAUGUCGUUCCAAGACUUCGUCACGAGAUAUCGCUGCCUGGACAAGCGCCGAUCCUCGCUCUCCUACAACGAGAAGGAGGCGGUCAGAUGCCUAAUUAGUAGACAAAAUAUACCGCAGACUGAAUGGCAGAUCGGCCGGACGAAGGUGUUCCUGCGGAGCCGCGUGCACGAGCCUCUGGAGGAUUCCAGGAAUCAAGUAAUAACGAGGAACGCGAUUGUGAUACAGAAGAUUUGGCGGGGAUACACCAAACGGCAAGAAUAUAAACGUGUAAGGGAGGCGACGUUGAAGAUGCAGCAUGCUUACCGCGGUUGGAAGCUGCGGAUAAUGUUUAUCAGGAAACGCAGGGCGGCCAUAGUGAUCCAGAGUCAUCUGCGAGGUGUCUUCGCGAGGGAAGUGGCCGCGGCUCUGCGAGAGAUGCGACGAGUCGACGAGGAGAUGAGAAAGAGGGAACGGCUGGAGGAGGAACGAAGGAUGAUGGAGGACAAGAAGGCGCUGGAGGAGAGCCAGAGCGCGCAGUACGAUGGUAUUGCCGAGAUGGAAUCCGGGAAAGUACAAGAAGAGAUCGACGCGCUGUCGCAGAUGGCCGAGCAGAUGAACUCGAAGAUGGCUGCCACGGAUUUGCAAUCGGUGGACCUUGACAAUCUAUUUUCCUUCCUAUCCGACGUACAAUCAACUAAGAGCAAUCAAAUUAUCGACGAAAUCGGGGAACAGAUGGACGAGUUGGUGGAGGACCUUGACGUAGAAUUGGAGAAUGUUAUUCAACAAGAGUUGGAAUUGAAUGCCAAGGCCGAGUCGAAGGUCGCUUCUCCCAUGAACGGGCAGGAAGUGCAGUCUCCGCAGCAGCAACAGCGGGCGCCGUGCGCGAAUAGCAGCAUGACUAGCAGCAAGCUCGGCCAACCGAGUCUUCCGGAACCCACGGAACCGCCACCGCCGCCGCCACCCCCGGCGCCGCCUGUAGCUGUGAACGGCGAUUCGUCGAGCGACAACGGCGAGCCGAUCUACGAGUCCGUGUUGCCGCGCGAGGCGAACGAUUCCGGCAGUCCGAUCCACAACGGCGGCAGUCCGGGCCAGAUGGUGAACGGCGAGACUUGCGGAUCGCCGCCGCCGCCUCCGCCCGGUGGCAAGAUGACCAAGGAAAUCGCCGGCAGUCCGCCAUCCAGGCCGGAGUCCAGGAGUUCCGGUCACCAUCACGCUCACCAUCAUCAUCAUCAUCAUCAUCAGACGAUACCCCAGGCGCAGCAGAACGGCCACGAUCAGCCGCAAUCGCAGGCGCAGCAGCAGCUGCCGGUGGAGCGCGAGCAGCGGCGCAAGUGCCGCGUGGAGCGAAAACUGCAGGAGCUCGAGGACAAGAAGGAGCAGGAGAUCGAGGCGACCUAUCACGACAUCGUGGAGUUCGCGCAGAAUUACUUCAACAGCCACGAACGUUCGCCGGAGGGCACCAUAAUGGCCACGCUGACGAGGAAGUCCCGUGGCAAGAGCAUCGAGUUUAUUCCGAAGUACGAGAUGGUCACGUACUACAAAGGAUCCAGCAUCCCAAACUCGCAUAUUCAUAUGUACGAUCCCGACAACGUGAACGUUGCGUGUUCCGUGUUCAGGGAUUUAUGUAAGUACAUUCGCGGUGAGAUGAAGCUGGACCUAGAGAUAAGCACGAUUCAGACUAUCAUUGCUUUUGGGAUCGAGCGGGAGGAGUUAAGAGAUGAAAUCUACGUGCAAUGUAUGCGCCAAGCGACGAACAAUCCCAACACCGAGUGGGCGGAGCGCGUGUGGCUGCUAUUGUGUCUGGCGAUCGUCGCCUUCCAGCCGAGCAAGCUGCUCUACAAGUACUUUGUCUCCUUCCUGAAAAAGAAUCUCGCCCUCGAGGGCAAGCUGAGGCAGUACGUGCAAUGGUGCGUGGACAACUGCAAGAACACCAAGGUAUCUUGCAGGCAGCAUUCACCGUCGACGGUGGAGAUAGCUGCCAUGAGACGACUGGGCACCAUAGUAUGCAGAUUCUUCUUCCUGGACGGAAGGACAAAAGCGAUCGACGUGCAUCCGACCGACACGGCCGCCGAUGCCGUCGCCAAACUGGGAGAAAAGCUGGGCCUUCGGUCGCUGGAGGGUUGGGCCAUCUAUCAAAGCAGACCGGACGGAGAGGAGCACGUGCGGGCUCACGAUUAUCUGUACGACGUGAUCGCCGCGUGGGAAAUGAACAGCAAAUCGAAUACGGCACAGUCGUCAUUCUCGACGCUGCGGCGCGGCAACAACCCUACUCUGGGCAGCGGCGACAAUCGUUUCGUUUUCAAACGAAGGCUGUUCCGCAAUCCAAGAGAGAUCUCGCAGGAUCCCGUGGAAGUUAAUAUGUUGUACGCCCAGGCGGUCUACAACGUCGUAAAGUGCGAUGAUUUUCCGGUGUCGGAGAAAGUGGCGUUGCAAUUGGCAGGAUUGCAGGCGCAGGUGUCCCUCGGCGAUCCCAAGGAUAAUGACAGGCUGGAUUACUACAGCGAGGUGGACAGCUUCCUGCCGUACAGAAUCAGUCGGGCCCGCGGCGACGACGUUUGGGUGCCGAUCAUAGCGCAGGCGCACCGGCAAUACGGUGCCGGACGCAAGGAGCUCGCCGCCAAGGUUCUGUAUCUCUCCUGCGUGAUGCAAUACCCGCUCUACGGCACAACGAUGUUCAACGUGACUUACCGCGGGUAUUGGUCUUACGGCAACCAGCUGAUUCUCGGCAUCAACUGCGACGGUCUGAUGCUAAUCAAGCCAGACGACAAGUUCGUGCUGUCCGAGUAUCGUUACCAGGACGUCGAGAGCAUCAUGCUGGAUCCGAGCGACUCGUUCAUCACACUCUCGCUGCUACGACAUAAUCCCGACAGUUCGCACAAGUGUUUCGUUUUCGAGACGCCGCAGAAGAACGAGAUCGGCAGUCUGAUCGUCAGCUACUGCUCGGCGCUGGCGGGUUGGAUCACGGAGAACGAGGUGCCCACGAAGCUCAAGUGCAUCACCAACGAGGAUCGCAUCCGGCUCUAUCACAAUCUGGUCAACUGCCGGCGAACCCUGAUCGACACGGAGAUCCUCAGGAAGCCGCAGGAUUCCGGUGGUGGUUUCCUCCGGAACACGCUGAGAAGAUUGUCGAAGCACCGGAUCGAGAAGCUCAGGCAGGAAAGCGCCGAUCACGGCGAGACUUAUAAGGGUUUCCCGUACGCCUACUGGGCGUUCAGCAGGCAGCAGAUACCGCAGAGCCUGUCGAAACUGCCCGAUCCCGACGAGCAGGCGGCUCUGAAUAUCUUCCAGCUGAUUCUGACGUACGCGGGACUCGGACAGAACGGAGACACGGUACGCAGGGUCGAGGACGAGCACGUGAAUCUCAUACAGACCGUGAUGGAGCGUUGCAUACGAAAGGAAAACCUGCUGGGCGAGUUGUAUCUCCAGCUGAUCAAGCAAACCACCGAUCACCCGGAUCCCAACAAUCGUGUCAAUCUGCGACACUGGGCGCUGCUCUCGCUCGCGUGCUCCGUGAUUCUGCCGCCUCAGAAGACCAUACGCAAGUACUUGAUCGCGCACCUGAAACGAUGCGCCACCGACUACGUCACCGAGGAGGGCAAGUACGCGAGGUUCGCAGAAAAGUGCCUUUACAAGACUCAGGGCACACGCAGGCGGCAGUGGCCGCCGAGUCGCGAGGAGAUCAUGUGCACCAUCAAUCGCCGGCCGAUCUACGCGAGAUUCCACUUCAUGGACGGUCAGUUCCACGCCGUCGAGUUUCAUCCCUCCGCGACCGCCAGAGACGUCAUGGAGAUCAUAAAGGCGAAGAUAGGACUCGAGGAGACCGCUAUGGGCUAUGCGAUUUAUGAGGUAUUGGGACCGACCGACCGAUCGCUGAUUCCCGAGGAGAAGAUAGCCGACGUUAUGUCCAAGUGGGAACGGUACAGAGCGUCGCAGCAAGGUCAGGCACGCAAGCAUGCGCAUCACUUUUUCCUGUUCAAGAAACAUUUGUUCUUGGAUCAAUAUAUGAACUUAGACGAUCCCGUGGAAAAGGAGUUAUUGUAUCAUCAAGUGCUGCACGACUUGCGGGCCGACCGGUUCCCUAUCACUGAGAAAGAAGCCAUGAUGUUGUCGGCAUUGCAAGCGCAGUUGGAAUUGGGCGAUUGCCAGGAGAUUAUAUCGGAACCGGAUUAUCGAACGAUAUCGAGUCACUGCCUAUCAUCGAGACUGGUGCCGUGCCUGUGCGUGGACGGUGUGCGCCAGCAUCAUCAAUCCCUGCGCGGAAUGACGCCGCCGGAGGCAAAGAAGGCUUUCCUAAAUCUGAUCCAGUCGUGGCCGUUGCAUCGCGCGACGAUCUUCGACGUGAUGCAAUCGUUCACUUCGAAUUGGCCUCGUGUCCUCUGGCUGGCCGUCGACCAGCAGGGUCUACAUCUCCUAGAGCACCGUUCCAGAAACGCGCUAUGUACUUACGAAUAUAACAGUAUUCUAAGCUAUACGCCCGCCGUUAAUUGCUUCAUGAUCAUUACCGGUACGGAUAAGAAGCAGAGCAAGGUCAUCCUCACCACGUCGCAGGCUCAUCAGAUAGCAAAUCUGAUCCGUGAGUACAUGGAGGUGCUUCAGUCACCGCCGGAAAUCCCGAGGCGGGACUCGACGAUGGCUCAACAGUUGGCCGCCCAGCAGCAGCAGCACCAGCAUCAACAGCAUCAGCAACCGCCUGCGAGCCUGCAGACGUCUGCGGCCGGCGGACGAAAAUCUCGGCCCGCUUCGAUGUUACAUAGAGGUGCUCCGGUAAUACAGUCGCAAGCUAGUUAGAAUGGCUAGGUGAUUUCCCCCCCCCCCCUCCGUCGCGGGGAGUUAAAAAUGAAGUUUCCUUUCGACCUGCUGCUUAUCGAGUUUUCGUUGUCGGCCACCGCACGUUCCAUUACCAAGUGCCAUAAAAUUCGAGAUUACGUCACACUACGCCAUGUAGCGGCCAGUGUCUAUUUUAUAAGAGAUACGCAUGUACACAGUGAAUUUUAAUUUCCAAAUUUCGCGCUUCGUCAUGUCCACCGCGAUGAGGCGGUUCCCUCUAUGUAGCUAUCUUAGCGAUCUGCUCCGAGAUUGAAAUACGUAGAAACGACGUUUAGUAUCAGGUUGUGGCGAUAAGACAAUUUAUAUUAUAUAUAAACGCGUUACACGUUUAAUGCUAAAUGCGGCUGUCUGAUCCUCGCAUGAUUAAAUCUGAACAAUGUAGUGUCUAGGAGGCGUCACGAAAAGACAUCCGGAAAGGCAAACCCGAUCGUCUUUAAACGUCAGACUUCUGUCUCGUUUCGGAGAAGCCGCAUUCGGCAAUAAAUGCGACAUUAGAUAGGAAUACAAAUAUACGGGACGAAGUUUCAAAUUGAUUUAUGCUUUUUUUUCGAGCGGGCCUAUUCGGGGCGACGAGCGAGUCGCCGUGUAAAGAUGGCACUAGAGCUUAGGAAUACUUAUUUCUUCCACUAUUUAUUGGAUCUUAGCUUAGAUCUCCGAGAGAAAGAAAACGUCAAAGACUAGAUUUAGUCUCCGCGAAUUUUAGCCGAUUUAGGGAGAUGAGUGAUAAAUAACUGCCAUUAGAAGAGUUAUUGACCGCAGGGAAAGUUGCCCGAGGACUUUUCCUAUUUCUAUUGCGAACGUUAUCAUUGUUGCCUUUUUUACGAGCGACCGCCGCCACCGUUUUUUGAUAAAGGAUUUUUGCAGCACGGAAAUAUUAACGCAAGAGAGAGAGAGAGAGAGAGAGACAAAGAGAGCUAUAUACGGCGAUAUUUAACGUUCAAGCAAUUGUUCCGUAUACAUCGUUAAUUCCAAUCGACAGUGUUUAUCCCUCCGGCAUAUCAGUUAAUAUCAACUGAGGUGAGUGAUUAAGAAGCCGCGCGAUUAUCUACGAAGCGACCAAAAAAAAAAAAAAAUGCAAUCUUCCGAGCGUGAGUAAACGUUUGACUGAGCAUUUAACUGUUAAUAUUUAUAUUCCUGUACACAAACACAGUCAGAUUUGGAACACGACGAUACAGUGGUAGUCAACACUUCACUAUAAUUAUCGACAAUAUAGAUUCGCAAUAAUGGAAUCUAAAAAGGAUUAUUUAAAGAAGACUCUGAUACGAGAAAUGUUUUUUGUUGAAACAUUUGCAUUUUACAUUUUAAAAAAUUGAAUGAUGACAUCCAAAAACUUUUCGAUCACCACUGUAUUUCCUGAAACGCGAAGGUAUAACCGCCAGAAGAUCAUUUUCUAAACCGAUUUAUUAAGAUUUGUAAUAAUAUAUUUAACGAGAUGUCUUUUAAAAAUUAUAUACACCAAACAAUUGUACUAUGUAUCGUUAAACAAUUCACAACAGCCGCAAAUCCAAUGAUUAACAGUAAGACUUAUUUCUUUAAUACGCGAUGAAUCUUAAUACUGCAUGAAUAUUAUUUUUAUUAAUACUUAUUUUCUCGAUACGCGCGGAUUUCAGACAUUAAUUUUUUAGAAAAAUAAAAUAAAAAAUCACGAAUCGAAUAACGAUAUUGAUGUUAGAAUCAGUUGUUUCGAUGCAAAGAUUAUUUUAAACGAUUUUACGAAAUGUUUAAUUCGCGGAAUCACGUACUUUUUUUGCACAGCCUUAACGAAUCUUUAAUGACAAAUUGGAUGUGCGACAAACGUAAACGAAUCGACUGAUCUUCAUUCUUCAGACAAUCCUCCCGAUAUACCGUCACUUUUCUUCGCGUAUAAAGUUAAUCGCUAAAUUAGAAAUAAAGAAAACAGAAUAAGCGACAACGUAUCCAUUGUGUAUCCGCGCGAUUGACGCGCCCGCAUUUGUCAGAAAAUACGAAAUUGCGUCCAGUCGAUAUAUUUUAGUUUUUUAAUUCGAGAGACGAAAUUUGCUCGUAUGUAAAUAUAUGAGAAACGUUCCAUUGUAAAACUGAUAAUAAGUUGCGCGCGCAAGUAUCUCCAAUGUUCAGUAGUCUCUUGUCAGAAUGCAAUCGCGUCCUCAUUAAUACGAGGACAAUUUUAUUAAUUUUACAUUUUUUUAAUUUAUGUACUUACGU